AUGUGGAAGCCCACGGAGAGGUUGAUGGACACCAUCAGGCAUUACGCCAGCUUCCCCGCAACCGGUGUCUCGCUGAGGCAGAUGGUCCAAUUUGGGGACCGACCCUCAACAGGCACUCUAUUCCGCGCUUCUCAAUUCCUCUCCGAGGAGCUUCCCAUCCGUCUCGCACAUCGCGUGCAGGACCUAGGUGAGCUCCCGGAUGGACUGAGCGAGAUGCCAUCAAUCAAAAAGGUUCAGGACUGGUACGCGCAGUCAUUCGAGGAAAUCAUUGCCCUUCCUCGCCCAACUCUGACUCAAGAAGUGAAACAACGCCUUUUACGACCAGGCCGGAUCAACGGCGGCCCUUCAAAGAUUCUUUCCGAGACGACUCAAAACCCCAGUGUGCGUGAAGGGCAGUACCGGUCAUCGGUGACUGCAGGCAACGGCAAUGGCGUGAACAAGGCACACGCUGCCUCGGGCAGACGUUAUUUCUUCCCCGCGGACGACCGCGGAGACUGGCCUCCUGAACUAAAUGACUACAACCAACGGUUCGCCAAGACUCUGCAGCAAAUCAAGCGGCGUCACGACGGGGUCGUGACCACCGUCGCGCAAGGUAUCCUGGAAUGGAAGCGUGUGCGCCAGCGGAUGCAGAUCGACUCCACAAUUCAGUCUUUCCUCGAUCGCUUCUAUAUGUCUCGAAUUGGUAUACGAAUGCUCAUCGGUCAACACAUUGCACUCACGGAACAAACGCAUGUCAAACAUCCAAACUAUGUCGGAAUAAUUUGUACCAAGACCAACGUCCGCGAUAUCGCGCUUGAGGCUAUUGAAAACGCCCGUUUUGUCUGCGAGGACUACUAUGGUCUCUUUGAAGCUCCCAAGGUGCAGCUGGUCUGCAAAGAUGACCUGAACUUCAUGUAUGUUCCCGGACACCUAUCGCACAUGCUUUUCGAGACUUUGAAGAACUCGCUGCGUGCGGUUGUCGAGCAGCAUGGCGCCGACAAGGAAGACUUCCCCGUGACCAAGGUCAUUGUCGCAGAGGGCAAGGAGGAUAUCACCAUUAAGGUCUCGGACGAGGGCGGUGGUAUCCCUCGGUCGGCAAUCCCUCUUGUUUGGACCUACAUGUACACCACGGUGGAGCAAACCCCCAACCUUGACCCUGACUUCGACAAGAACGAUUUCAAGGCGCCAAUGGCUGGGUUCGGCUACGGGUUGCCAAUCAGUCGGCUGUAUGCGCGGUACUUCGGCGGCGAUCUCAAGCUGAUUAGUAUGGAGGGAUAUGGAACAGAUGUCUACCUGCAUCUGAACCGUCUCUCUUCCAGCUCUGAACCCCUGCAAUGA